AUGAAGAGGCCUUGUGAGGAUAGUACUUCUGACAGCGACAUGGAUGAAACUAUUGAUGUUGGCAGUGAGAAUAAUUAUUCUGGGCACAGCAAUGGAUCAUUUAUUAGAUGUGGUUCCCCAACAACAACAACCCAAGUUAUGGCAAGAAAAAAACGAAGAGGGAUCAUCGAGAAGAGAAGGAGGGAUCGAAUCAAUAAUAGUUUAUCGGAGUUACGUCGACUUGUCCCAACUGCAUUUGAAAAACAAGGUUCAGCCAAAUUAGAGAAGGCAGAAAUAUUGCAGAUGACAGUGGAUCACCUAAAGAUGCUGCAGGCCACUGGCGGUAAAGGGUAUUUUGAUGCCCACUCCCUGGCCAUGGACUUCAUGAGUGUGGGCUUCAGGGAGUGUCUGACGGAGGUGGCCAGAUACCUGAGCUCUGUGGAGGGAUUAGACAGUAGCGAUCCCCUGCGUGUGCGCCUGGUCUCCCACCUCAGCACCUGCGCCUCCCAGAGGGAGGCGGCUGCCAUGACCUCAUCUAUGGCACACCACCAGCAGGCGCUCCACCCUCACCACUGGGCCGCCGCCUUCCACCCCUUCCCCACCACCUUUCUCCAGCAGAAUGGACUGCCCUUCUCAGACAGCGCCGCCAGCAGACUGUCUGUGGAGGUGCCCCAGCGUGGCUCGGCCCUCCUAACGGCAACCUUCUCCCAUACCGACUCCUCUCACAGGGCGCCCUCUAAUGGCAGCGUGGCGCCCUGCGUCCCCCCGCUCUCCACCUCCCUCCUGUCGCUCUCGGCUACUGUUCACGCUGCGGCCGCUGCUGCUGCUGCGGCCCAGACUUUUCCCCUGUCAUUCCCUGGAGGAUUCCCCAUCUUCACACCUCACAGUGUGAGCAGCACAGCGUCUAUGGUAGCUUCAGCUGUGAGCCCCUCCAUUUCCACCACAUCCACCUCACAGCAGAGCAGAGACAGAGAGAGCAGCAGCAGCAAACCAUACAGACCUUGGGGAACAGAAGUAGGAGCCUUUUAA